AUGAGGGAGCGCGACCGUUGGGUUGGCACCAAAUGGCAGAAAACAGUUGAUAAGCUUGAGAGGAGAGGGAUCACUGUCACAAAUGCCAAGAAUCCUUUGAAGGGAGCUCUCUCCAUCAGGGAAUUUGACGGAUCUCUCGUUCGCCACGAGAAAUUUGUCUUUCAGGGUGUCGUUUGCCCGGCGAGAAUCCUCAAGCCCUUGCUCAACCACAAGGAUCAAAGGACCUUCGACGGCCUUGUGAACCUAGGUGACAUGGGCGACGUGCGUGUCACACCCGAUGAUUCAUUAGACAUCGCUUCGUGCGACAGGCUCAAGAACGAAGGCGUGUUUGAACCCAGGUUGGCGUUUGCCAUGUGGUCAAACGCGCGAGUUGGAAGAUUUUUCUCGGUGUACCGCCUGACACGGUGCUGCGGUCUUGGUGGCGUCGGAACAUGCUGGCGAUACGGGGUGCUUGUCCAUGGCGGCUUCGGCGUCCAAGAUGAGCGCAGGACAUUUGCUGUGGUCGUGGAAUACUCGUCCACCGACCAUGAGCUUACUGCUCAACUUUUGGGCGAUAUCAGCGCUCCAGCUUCGUGGAUGGCAUUGCCAUUCGUCAUGUCUGCCGUGAGCUUGAUGCUGCUGGAUUUUCCAGGACUGCGAUGGAGCGGCUCUCUGAAGUGCCCUCAGCACGGUCACGCCAUGCUCUUGGCUAACAAGAUUUCUGGAUGCAGAUGCCCACAUUGUAGUCCCGAAACCGGCGGGCUUGGGGCCGCGGCUAUCGAUCUGGUGCGCAUGGUCGACAUCGGCCUAGACCGAGCUGUGAAGGGGGCGUUCAAUGAGGUGAAGGUUGAGAUGGACGGAGGACUCAACCAAUUGAAGGUUGCGAUGAAGGCGGGUUUCGCCGAGGUAGAAGGGGGAUUCAACGAGAUGAAGGUUGAGAUGGAGGGAGGGUUCGAUGACGCCAAGACCGAGUUGCGUGACUUGAAGGACGAGGUGGAGGGAGGGUUUGGCGGCACCGAGGCCGGAUUGCGAGAAGUGAAGCAGGAGGUGAAGGACGGGUUCGGCACGAUGACGGGAAGGCUGGGCAACGUGCUAGAUGGCACCCAGGAAAGCCUCAUGCGCCUCAAGAACUUGCAGGCCCCGAAUUACCGGUACCCUCACCUUGUGGUCGUCAAGGAGGUUGGAUCUGAUGGUACUGCGUCCGAAUCUCACGGGAAGAAGAGCAUGCUGAGCAAGCUUCGUGGAUUUGGAAAGAAGGACAUGAGACUGCACUUCUUGUGCCCGGUUGACAUGACAACGGCGCCGUGCUGCCCUGGUGGUAGCGACAAUCGGCUAUCGAUUUCAGGAGACGCGUGGCUGGGUGAAGAAAAUAUCACCUGUGCUUCAGUGAUGAUGAGCUGCGGUGAAUUUCUUGGUCGCCGUGAAUUAUUUGUGUUCUCUUCUCAGGUGGCCGUGGUGGCCGCGAAGAUGGCGCUGAACGCAACGACAGGAUUGAACGUGGAUGUCUCUGAUUUCCUCAAGGACGUCCGAAAUGGGUUGGUCGAGGAGAUAGUCGACCGCACUCUCGACGAGGAGGCGCUGCUUCGUGCUGUUUCUGGGGAGGACAUCGUCGGCGCAGAUUUGCAAAGGGAUACGAGGGCCUCAUACGAAGCCCUGAAGGUUUUCAUGGACAAUGAGGAACAAAGGAGGUGGAAGAAUGCCCGGGGUGGUGAUGGCUACAUAGACUUCAGGGACGAGAUGAAUUGUGACCAACUGCUGGAAACGCCCUUCGAGGGAGCUCGCAGACAGCAGCCUGCCAUGUACCUAACGACGGGCGACCUCGAUGAGGACCGGUCCGUGAGGACACGACACAACGCAUGGAUAACGACGACGGUUGUAUCAAGGUCACGCUUUGACUUCCCGGACUGCCCUGCCAGCGCAAUGAGGAACUUCGUGGGGUCUGUUGCUGGCGUGGCCUUACUGGUGGUAUGUGCGAAAGGAUUCGUGCUGCCGGGGGUGGUAAUAUCAAGAUGCUCGGGGUGCACCUCAGCAGAAGGGAGCCGCGUUGACGCAAAGACCGGACCGAGAUCCCCAAGAACGACAGCGUCCUCCUACGUCUGCAGUGGCGAACGACCUGGCACCACCAGCCUGUUCGCUAAGGCAACCUACAAGAACUUCGAGGAUAUGCUUGCGAAGGAGCCUGGCGCGCUCCUGGUCGACUUCUACGCAACGUGGUGCGGGCCUUGCAGCAUGAUGUCGGAAAACCUUGCCGUUGUCGGGCCGAAGAUGAAGGACGAGCUCAAGAUUUUUAAGAUUGACACGGACAAGUACCCGAAUCUGAUGAGCAAGUUCGGCGUGAACGGGCUGCCAACCCUGGUCCUCUUCAAGGAGGGCAAGGAGUUAACGCGGAUGGAAGGCGUGAUGCCCGCCGAAAUGUUGAUACAACAACUCCGAUAUUUCCUGGGUGGAGCGGCCGCUGCGGAGACGGAGGGGGCGGCAGCGGCUAGUGGCGACAGUGACCAGGGAGGGGACGCAUGCACCCCACCUCCCCCGCCGCCGCCGUCACAAGACGCCUGUGCGCCCCCGCCGCGGGAUGCGUGCCCCCCUCCUCCACAGAACUAAGAGCAGAAUUAAGAGCUUCUCUCUUUGAACGCAGGGGUGUUGGUAGAUCAAAUUGUCCCGCGCGGGCUGCAACGGUGAGGGCGAAAUGCGUUUUUUUUUUUUUGUCUUAAACUCGGAGAUCGCUUUUGGGCAGAAGACGCUCUACGGGGUUAUUUUGUUGCUAGCAGCGGGAGACUGCUUCAGUGCGUCGUGUUGAUUUCCAUUAAAUACGGAGGGGGGGCAGCGAGAAGUGGGGCUCACAAUUCACCAUUCGCUGAAUUUCACGUGCUCGUGAGCGGACAUGGGACGAUCGUGUGCGAUGUCGAUGGUCUGCGGGUAUGGGUGUGAAUGGGUGGGUGGGUGUUUCCUUUUUGCAUCAACCGCGUCAACCGCCUGACCAAUUGAAAGAAGUGCUUGUGUUUUGUGUGUUGCAGUCCCUUUCACUCUGGGCGUUAGAUUUCAUCCAAUCAAACACGUUUGGAAUACGCCACUGGGAAGCUGAGACAAAAGUUACAGCCAGAGGUGACUACAACACCAUGGUGUCGAAUUUGCGGCACGUUCACAACAUGCGGUACUGGCAAGCCUACGUCUUCUUGAACUGAUGCUUGAAAGUGUAGAUAGAUCAUCAGCGACCGAGCUACUUGCAAUUCCGCUGCUGAGCGAGACGGAUCCAUAUUUGCUAUGUAGCGCAUAUGUAUAAUUGCGAGUUACUUGCAAGACGGUGUAUUUGUGGACGUCUUACGUAUAUGUACGGA